AUGGCGUCCCAGGACAAAGAUGAGGAGUCCCCACCUCCCUGGGCCUCCCAGACAGGGCCCUGGGAUGCCAUCCUUGAGGCCGUCAGGGAGCAGCUCCCAUCUCUGGACUCCGAUUCCUCCUUGUCGGACUGCGAGGCAGAGGAGCUGUUCAUCUUCCAGCGAGAUCACACUGCCCUGAUCCCAGACCUGUCGGAGGAGCUGGCCGAAGACCCUGCCGGGGCCUGGCUUGCUACGGUUGAUGGGUCUUCUGAGCCAGGUGCAGUGCCUGUGGAACCCAGCACAGAACCCUGGAGAGAGUGGGGCCCAAGGACAGAGGCUUCUGCCUCUCUGCAAGGUGGAGACCCUGGCGGGCCUAUAGACAGCUGUGGGGAAACCAGUUCUCUUCUCAGGGUGCCCAAGGACACCCCCAAGUGGCAGGAAGACAACCAUGGGGCUGUGUCCCUCAGCACCCAGGGUCCUCACCAAGGGCUGCAGGGGGAAGCCACCCUGUCCCCCUGGGAAGGCGACCUGAAAGCAGAGCCCCUGAGCGCUGCCUCACAAACCGGUUGGGCUGCAGACUAUGCAGACCGCAGAGUCCUCCGAAAGGAGAGAAGGAAGGUGAUUGAGAAGGACAUACUCCAUAAAGUCACCUGGGAUGCCCAGAACCCAGCCUGCAGUGACCAAAGUCAAGUGGAAGAGGCACCCUGUGCAGCGGCAGUGGCAGUUCCAAGAACAGAGACGCCACCAGAGGGGCCCCGGGAAGGACGGCUGGUGCUCUCCCUCAAGCAACUUGAAGAGUGGGAUUUGGAUCACAUCCUUCAAAGUCUGGCAGGGCGAGAAGAUGACAGGGGAGAUCGCGCACCUGGAGCUACGUGGUGGGCAGCUGACCGCCUGGGCCAAGACCACACCCUGCUCAACACCCAGGACAGGCUCAUGGAACGGCUCGCCCUCCUGGGUGCCACACAAUCCAGGGCUUCUUCUGCCUGGAAGGCACCUGCUGACACGCCCCAGGACACCAAGCAGUGGGAGACCAGCAGCAGAACUGCUCGGAUGGAGCCGGGCUUCCAGGCUGAGCUGGGCCUAAGGCUGGCCAGCGGCCUGCAGCUAAGGGGCCCAGCAGAGCCUCCUACUGUCUUCAUCGAUUUGCGGCCCACGGAGCCAUCGGACCUUGGGUCUUCAGAAAGCUCCAGCUCCUCUGACAGCGAGGAGGAGGAAGAGACAGCGGCUCUUGGAGACCAACAGGGCCCAGCAGAGCAGGAGUGUCAUUCCUCCCAGGGGCUACGGGACUAUACUGGGAAGAGUCAGCUUCUCCAGCAGCUCAGGGCAUUUCGGAAGGGGACAGCUCAGCCCAAUCUGCCAGCCACUGAGGGUCCCGGUGGCCAGAAGGCUCAAGUCCUUGAAGAUACAGCCAGCUCCAGAACUGGGAGGAAGCAACAUGUGACACACCGGGCUGAGAAGCAGAGCACCCAGACCAGAGCAAAGAUGCUAAAUUUGUACACAGAGAGUGAGGACAACUCCUUUGAAAAGCAUCUGGAGGGAGACUCCGCAGACGGUAGUCUGUGCGGACGGAGGGGCUGUCCAGCGUGUUCACUGCUCCUGCAGUCUUCUCUUUAA